AUGAAUCCAGUUCAACAAAAGAUUUCAUGUGCUUUUGAAAUAGGUGUCACAGAUGAAUCCUCCAACAAGAGGGGCAAUCAAACAUAUAAAGUGUCAGCAUUGAGGGCUAUAACAGAGCAGGCAGAGAGAGAUGAUAUUUCUGCUGCCAGAUCAACUGAAAAACUUGAUGGAACUUGUUGUCUGAUACAAGAAUUUCAAGGUAUUUUGAUUUCACAUUUAAAAAAGACGUUUUUUUGCUACUCCUUAUUGCUCAUUAGGCUUAGGAUCAACAUUAUUCACAACAAUAUGACUUUUAUCUGAAAACUUUGUGUAAAACUUUGCUACGAGAUAUAAAUGAUAAUUAAAAUUCCUGUUAGUUGUAACAGAUUUGUGAUUAAUUGCCUAUGUCAGAUUAGUUGCCUGAUUGAUGCAAUUGAAUUUCAUAGAUGUUUCAUUAUGUUGAAUGAAUAAAGCAAUGUCCAGCAUCAAAAUCAAUUCUGAAAAUUAAUUCUAUUUGAUUUUGGUUUUGUUUUAGAUUUUUCAAGGAAGCCCAUUAAAUAAGUGUACCGUUUUAGUUUUUCCUGAGAUAGGGAGCCCUACCAAAAUCAUUCAAAUAAAUAAUAAAGUUAAAAUUUAAAAGCUUUUCCAUUAGAAUAGUUUUAAAAAUGCCAGAAUUUUUAAUUAUUGAACAUUCUGGAACAUUCUAAAUCGGCCCUGAAUGGAUUGGAUAUUAUUAAUUUUAAAUCCACCGAUAUUUCAAUAGGGACUAUGAAGGGUAUUGCUACCAUGCUAAAAAGUUCAAAACCCCCAGUAUUUGAUUCUGGAUAAUGUUAGAUGUAUGUGCCAACUUUAGUCAAAUCCAUAUGGAAACAUAUGCAAAACAAACUAACAAACACAUUUUCACUUUAAUAUAUAUUCUUGAUAUGUAUAUUAUAACAAGUUUGCAGAUCAGAUUUUUUCACUCUGGUAACAGGUAAUAAAUAUAAGUUUUCCAGCACAUUCUUUGUAUAUGUUAUAACAAGUUUGCAGAUCAGAUUUUUUUCACUCUGGUAACAGGUAAUAAAUAUAAGUUUUCCAGCACAAGUAACUACUGCACCCUUCAGGAAAAUCAGGUACUGGUGCCAAAGUCUGGUAUCAAAAUGUAACAAGGAAGAGAGUUAAUUUGACAAUUGUAAACACAGAUUUCAACUGUUACUUAGGACUUUGUUAAAUAUGUCUAUUUGAGCUUGCUUUGCGGAACAGUUGGGAAUGCAUUAUAAAAACCAAUAAUCGUAGCAAUUUGCUGAAAAAAUAAUUAAUUAAUAUCUCUAAUUUUUUACCAGGUAUUUACUUUUGUGUUGCUAUAUUUAUCUGAAACCAGAAAAAUAAAGCUAUUUAGCACUAUCAAAUAGAGUGGCAUAUUAUUAAUUCGUUAAUCAAUGUUAUAAAAAAAAUUUAAUACAUGGAACUUACUAAAAAAUUGUUAGAUCACGUCCAAAUACACUAAAAUAUAUGUAUAUGAAAAUUUAAUUCAAUUGUGACCAAUUUGCCUUAUAACAAAUAAUGAGCAAGAGGAAUUUUGCAUUAUUGGUUAUCUAGUGAUUAAUCUGUGUAUCUCUGAUUUGAUGUUUCUUAACUUUAUUUUAGGAAGGCCAUGGUUAUGGGCUAGACAUGAUCGUAAGCCCAGCAAAACUGGUGAACGAAGAUUCGCACUAUUCAAGAAAUCUCAUUUGAAGUCAAACCAAAAUGGAGAAAACAUUUCUCAGGGAUUUUCCUGGAAUCCAGCCAAAGACUUCAAGGCAAUUCUCUUUGUGAUAAAACUUGAAUAAUAUUACAUAUGUUACCAGUGUAUUACCAGGGAUAUAAAUGCAGACAAUGAUAACUUUUCUAAAUAAUGGCAUGUCCCAUUUUCUAAUUUCAAUACAAACUUUAUUAAGAUUCAUAGAUUUAUCCUCCAUAGAAUCAUUUAGUCUUCACUUAAUUUUUGUGAAUUAAAACAACACAGAUCAGUCAUUUAUAAAUUAGUCCUGGAAUACAUUUUAAAGACAUUAUUAUCAAUAAAUUAAGAUGGAUAUGUUCAUAUGCACACAAAAAGGAUUUGCAAUAAUAUUUAUAAACUUGACAUACUGAUACAGGUAGAGUGAAAAAUUAGAUAUAAUUUCAUUCUUUACUUAGCUCCUAAAGAAGUUUUAGGUUAUUACAUUAAAUAUUUGUCUUCUUAAAAAGAAAUGUAACAAUGACAGACAUUAUCCAGAGCUAAAUGUUAGGUCUCACUGACACAAAAACAAAACUUAACUUAGGCUCAACAUUUUGUGUGUAAAUCAUUGUAUGUAAGUAAGCUUUAACUUUAAUAUACAAAUUUAAUGGUUGUUAAUCCUUAUGUGCUUUCAUGGUAUUUUACUUGAUUCCUUUUACAAUUUCUUUUCAAUUUACCUUUUAUUAUAUUUUAUCAAUUGGUGAUGUCAAUUUUCAUGCAGCUUUUAAAGCUUAAGUUGUUGAUGAAUAGAUGGAUAAUUUUUAAAAAGCAUCUUUUUACUCUUUUUUUUUAUCCUAGGAACCUCCCCCCAAUUGGGUACCAGCCAGUCGACUUGAAAUAAAAGAUGGUUUUGUUUUGCCUGAUAAUAUUGGCCAUACUCCAGGUAUGUGACAGGUGCAUGUGCACUUUAUCUUGUUCCUUCAACCAAGUUCAAAUAUGUAAAUUCAUACAAGAUUAUUAAAAUAUCCGCUAUACAAGUUACAAGGUUUUGUACUGUCUAGCUGAGCAAAUAAGACUGCCCAAAGCCAACAAUAUUUCUCUACAGGCUACAGAAUCUCUGCAGUUUUAGAAAAUAUUUUUGCAAAACAUUUUUGCCCUGUCUAGAUAAUUGUGGUUCUCUCUGCUCAGACUGCUUGGAAUUAUGUAGCAUUUUUUGGUCUAAGAUGAUUUAAAUAAAAAUCAACCUUAAAAAAAAAACCCAUAAUUUCUUCUUACCUUUUCUUUGGCACCUCAUGCCCUUAUUUAUUGUUUUUGUUGCUUUUUUUCUUGUCUUUAUAAAUUUAAUAGUUAAAAAAAAUUAUGUUCUAAUAAUCUCAAUUUUUUUUUAUGUACCUGUACACCCUAUGGUGGAACCAAUGUGGGAUGUGAGCCAGUAAUUAUUCAAAAAUGAUUUAAGGAAUCAAGGAAUUGAAAAAUAUUGUGAACCACAGUUUGUUUUAAUGUGAAAAUAAUUGCUAUCGUAUUAAUGUAUUUUUAUUAUUUUUUGUUGUCUUUCAUGAAAUUCUUUUGACUUUGAGACUUCCAUAAAGAAUAUUCUUGUGUGUUUUUUUACCAGGGUGGGUGCCUGUUCAGCAAAACUGUCGCCAGCAGUGUUGGCAUUUGUCUGCAGUGGAUUUCAAACAAAGUUUAGCGCUUAUCGUGAGGUCAUUUCUCCUUUUUUAAUUAAGAGAAAUAUAUAUAUUUAUUUAAAUUUUUCAAAUAAAUGAAGCCUCAAAAAACAUACACAUUUAUAUCAUUUUGAUUCUAAUGAAUUCAAGUCUUCAAGAUAAUUCAAAUGAGUUUUUUUUUAAAUCUAGACCUUUGAAUUAAUGCAGAAUAGUUUGCUCAAACUCAACCACCUGCUUUAGUUCAGGGCUGCACCAUAAUUCACAUUCACCUGUUAGGCAUUAUUACAAAUUCCAUAUUCUUUAUUUAGAGAAGCUCAGGGUGAUGCUGGAAGUUUAGUAUUGGAGUCCCAGCCCUUAUCACAACUGUGUGGUCAGACCUGUGAACUUAUUGGCACCAACAUCAAUGGAAACCCUUAUAGUGGGUGCCAUAUUUUUUUUUUUUAUUGACCUCAUCUCUACAUAACUAAUGAUGUCACUAGAAAUUUUUUCAGAUUAUCAGGGUUUGACAAAAAGGGUUUUAAAAUCCAGUUGAUUAUAGAUAUACAUACCGUACAACUAUUUGGAUGGAUAGUUUGUAAAAAAAAAAUUUUUAACAUGUUUAAAUAAUCAAUACAAAAAUGUUAUAAUUCAGUUUUUAACUUCACUUUAGCUUUUAUCACAUUGACCUAUUUUAUAUUAAUGGCUUUAGGUUGUCCCAUGCUUUAACUUCAAUAGGACAUGAUCAACAAAUUGAUCGUGGACCCCUCAAAUAUAAGAAUAAGAACAGUUAAUCAAAUGCCAUGUGGCUCUAAACCAAAAGUUCAUUACAUCUUUAUUAAUGAUACUAAUAACUUUAGUGAACCAUACAAAUAUUUCUAGUUGUCUUAUAUUGUAAAUUAUAUUUUUUUCCCUCCAUUUAUCAAUAUUUCAAUUGUUUUUUUUUAAAGUUUAACAUUUGUUAAUAUCCACAGAUCUAGGGACAAAACAAUGUCCAGUUCAUGUUUUGGUCCCUCAUGGCAGCUUGUCACUUCAAUGUCCACAACCCUCAAACUAUGACACCAUGAUAGAAUGGUUUGCUAGUGAGGCUCCUGAUGCUCAAGUGGAAGGAAUUGUUUGGCACUGUAGUAAUGGAGCGCUGUACAAGGUUCAUUGGUUCCUUUCAGAGUAUAAAUUUAGAACUUAAAUUAUAAUCAACAAUUAAUUACACUUUAUAACUCCCAUCUCCAUGUGAAUAUUAGGGCCUUGUAUUAACUUGUAAGAUUUUUCUUUAAUUUUGGUGGGUGACAAACUGUAGAGCUCAGGGUUGACUAUCUACUCUUACUGUCAGAACACAGGUAUGGUCUCUCCAAGCUCCUCUGACUAUGCAACUUAUGGUAUAUGUUAGUCCUAUGCACUACAGCUCUGACUCCAUCAUACAAUAAUAUAAGCUUAUUAACGUCCUUCAUAUUGAAUGGUCAUGUAGCAUCACCUCCAAAUCCAAGGGCCAAAACUAAGACCAUCGGUGAACGCUUCUUCUACUUCCAUGCGCCCACGUUCUGGAACCAGCUCCCCUUCCACAUCCAUCAUUGUGAAACCUCGUCCACUUUUAAAAAGGUCCCUUAAAAUAAUAAUAAUAAUAAUAAGUGGUCUUAUAUAGCGCGGUACCCCGGCAUAGGGCUGGGCUCACCGCGCUGUACAUAUAUAGCAAAGAGGCAUAAUCAUAAUAUUAAAAUGAAAUACAUAAAUGAAAUAAAAACAACAUAUAAGCAAAACAACACCAUAGGUAUAUUCAUCCAUCCACGCCAGACAUUUUUACAAGGAAACCCAUGUACGUUUAUCGGUUUAUAGGAGGAGAAUCAGUCAGAGUAGUAUAGUUUAAAUAGAUGUGUUUUGAGUGCUGUUUUGAAGGCAUGUGUGGUUGUUAUAUUGCGGAUGUGUAGUGGCAAAGAAUUCCAUUGUUUGGGGGCGCAGAAAGAGAAAGAUCGUUCACCAUAUAAUUUAGUGCGUGUCUUGGGAACGGACAGAAUACGCGAGUCUGCGGAGGAGCGAAGUUGUCGAAGGGGUGAAUAGACAGAAAGAAGUUCAGUUAGAUAGGAAGGGCAGGAAUCCGAGAAAAAGUUGUGACAGAGAAGAGACAGCUUGUAGUCAAUGCGUGCCUGUAUAGGGAGCCAAUGUAGUGAGUGGAGUAGUGGAGUGACGUGAUCAUGUUUUUUUGCCUUAAGAACAAGCCUAGCAGCAGAGUUUUGAACUUUCUGCAGUUUUUCUAUAAAAUGUUUCGGUGAACCUGACAGAAGUGAGUUGCAAUAGUCAAGACGAGAGAGAACAAGAGCACAGACUAGAGUUUUUGUUGCGCUAACUGUCAGGUAGUGGCGGAUGGAGCUGAUCUGACGGAUGGCGGUGUAUGCCGAACGACAAAUGUGAGAGAUAUGUUUAUCGAGAGACAUGUUGUUAGAAAGAAUAUAACCAAGAUUCCUAGCAGAGGGUGUAAACUGUAUGUCGGAGUUACCUACUUGAAAUGAGGUGGGAAGAGUUGAGGUAGAGGAUGAUUUGUGAUUGUAAAUGAGGAGUGCUUCUGUUUUGUCAUCAUUAAGCUUCAACUUGCUGAGUGUCAUCCAAGACUUGACAUCAUCAAUGCACCCCCGCAAAGUCUGGACAGCGGAAUCGACAAGAGAUGGAUGGGUAUGCAUGUAUAGCUGUGUAUCAUCUGCAAAUGACUGGUUCUCAACAGCAUGCCUCCCGAGCAAGAGGAGUAGUGGUCUGGUAUACAUUAUGAAUAGAACCGGACCCAAAACGGACCCCUGUGGCACUCCGUACACCAAAUCAGCACUGCCGGAGAGACAGCCAUCGACAGAGACCAUUUGCGUUCUAUCAGAGAGGUAGGACCUAAACCAAGCCAAAACCGAACCAGAAAUUCCAAAGUAGUUUUCAAGGGUUUUGAAGAGGAUUUCAUGGUCAACAGUGUCAAAGGCCGCACUGAGGUCUAAGAGGAUCAAAAUGGAGACAUUACCGCUGUCCAUUGCGCGCAAGAGGUCAUUACUGACUCUCAAGAGAGCUGUCUCCGUGCUAUGGAAAUGUCUAUAGGCCGACUGAUUAGAACUGAGAAGAGAGUGAUCAUUUAAGUAAGCAUCACAGGUCCGCCUAUGACCUGUGAUGCAUCCUCCUUGCCCUGCCUCAUUUUCUGUCUCGGGUUGAUCCUGUAGUAUAGGCCAAAACGCGCCAAAGUGUACUCGUUUUAUAGCCAUUUUAAUUGUUUCUAUAGUAUAGUAGUUACUAUCCUAGUGCCUCUGGUUUUUCAUUUUUAUUUUACUAAUUUUACAUGUUUUUAAUAAUUGUAAAGCGCUUAGAGCUUUAAGGUAAGCGCUAUAUAAAAAUGCCUAAAUAAAUAAAUAAAUAAAUACACAGAAAUAAUCACUACUUCACAAUACGACAGACAGACUCAGAAACACACAACUCUCGUCACCGUGAAUAUAUUACAAUUCUUCCGACUAUGACAGCUCUCCCGUCUAUCACACAACGCUCUCUAUCUAUACUCUCUUGCCCAUCAUUUACAACCUCACGCCUUGUUCACUCAUGCUUGCACUAUUUCGGGUGAACAUCAUUUUACUGUAAUCUCAAAUAUCACAACAGUGAUUCUCAUACCCUUGACAGUGGGGUUAAAAAUAAUCUUUAAAAAUCCUUGCUUUUUUUUUUUUUAGUACCGGUACCGCUUCGAUUCUGUCUGCAAUUUUUGUUCCCUAACAGUGUAGCAAAAGUUAACUACUGUAAAAGACACACUUUUUAAUUCAGCCAUGUGCAGGAAAAGGAUAUUAUCCUUUACACUCAUUUUAUAAACAUAACAGAAAUGCAUCAUAUUUUUAUUUAAGUUAUAAAAGGUGAUAAUAAAUUUUUAAAUUCCUCAGAUCCACAGACACCAUUUAAACCUUAAGUGGCCAGUAGCUGAACCUUGGCUCUGUCAGAAGAAGAUAAAAGUUUCUGUGGCUUCAGCUGAUGUAGAGACAACGGAAGGGAUACAUCUUUUUUCACAGCUCGCCCAUUUAAAUGGGAAAAUAUUUAAUUCAUUGAAGGAACUGCAUUUGGGUUUCGACAUUGUGUCAAACUCUUAGCACGUCUAUAAAGAGUUUUAUUCUAAUUGCUAUUGUAAUUCUGCUUUUUUAAAAAAAGUUGCUCUUAAUCAGAAAUUGUUUGUAGAAAAUGUGCCGGAUGGUGCAAUGAUACUCGGUUUAUCAAGGAAUGUUAAAGAAAUGAUGAUUCCAUUUCAUUAAAAUUUAUUUAACACAUUUUGCUGAGUUCCGUCGACUUGUUAGUGUGAUUGAAUUUCAAUAUCUCCCAGUGAAUCUUGAUACAAAAAUUAAUGUUACAUUCAUUUUUGUGUGCACCAUUGUUUGUCUGGUUAAGCACAUCGUGCAAGUUUACAGUGAUUUUUAAAAAAUUAAUACAAAAAUGUUCAACAUUAAGAUGUUGUCAUACACUGAUUACCAGAACACUAUUUUAAUUUUGGUUAAUGUAUAAUAAUUUAUAGUGAAUUGUUUAAAUAUUUUUAUGGCCACUGUCUUUUUGUUUUAUGAAAUAUUUAUUGUGCCCCAAGUAUUUUUUAAUAUAAUAAUUUUCAAUUUGGCAUUAAAAAUUUUAAUGCAAAAAAAACACUCAGAAAAAUGCCAGACUUCUUUUUAACCCGCUUAAAUCAAAUGUGGCGAUGAAUAUAGUUAAAUACAGCACUCUGUUUACAUCAUAUUAUUUAUAUAUGGAUUUUAGUGUGUAAACUAUAAAUUCCACCAAAAAAAAUUGAAUACUGGGCAAUGUCAAUAAAAUUUAUCUUCAGGAACUAACCAAAAAAAAAAUAAUUUCUGGAAUGUCUAUUUUUGGUUCAUUCAUUACUGCAUCGAGACUGUGAGUAAAAUAUGUUAACAUUUAUGUCAUUGCCCCCCCCCCAGCCCCUCUGGCAGAAUGGUAAAAUCUACCUUGCACACUAAAUAUUGUAACAUUGUUAAACAUAGUCUGGUCAAAUAACUACAGCCUAGUAACACAACUUUUAAUGAAGAGGAUAUCAAGCCUGAGUCUACAAAUGUCAAUAAAUAUGGG